UUGGCGGAAAUGUGUAAAUGCAAAUAGGUCAUGAAUUAAAAAAGAAAAAGAUGUAUCGUGUGUAUUUUGUAAAUUGAAUUUUGUUUGUGAAAAUGAAAGUUUUUUUUAUUUAAAAGUGUCUUUGUACAAUAUUAAAUAAACGAAAAUGUCUUUUGACGUCAAUUGGGACCAUGAAAAGUAUAGGGAAGAUCAUGAGAGCGACGAACAUUGGGAGUUAAGGAAAGCUUUCAUGGAGCGUUGGAAAAAUGACUAUCCUGAAGAAAGACUUGUUUGUUUAGCCAGGGUAUUUACUAAUAUGGAGUUCAUGGGCUGCCGGUACCCUCCUGAAAUCAUGCACGAAGUCGCAGGAUUAUCACACGAGGUUGCUAAAUCUUAUAGAAAUUCAAGGAAAUCAAAAUUACAAAGGACCUUUGUAUCAGCUUCCACUGCAGCUGAGGACAGGGCCAAAGGUGUUAAACGAGAAGGUGGCGUGGUAACGAACUCCCCACCAUCAAAGUCAACUAGAAUAGAUUUUGUGCGACAAGGACAGAAUUUUGAGAAGCCUCUCACUUCAGACAACAAUGAUAUUAAAGAAUCUAAUGAAAAUGAAGGUGAAGUUCAAAAAGAAAAGAACACUUCUGAAGUGGUAGACACUGAGGACUAUUUGAAUGAGAUGACGAGAGUGAAUUGUCUUAAUAUUAGAGAAUUUAAGGAGAGAAUGUUUAACACUGCCUUUGGUCGCAUGGUCUUGAUAAUAAGACCUUGGGCUCGUAAAUUAUGGAAUAUUCAAGCUAGCUGUCAAGCAUGCGGUCUUAACUUACAAAGUGAAUAUAUAAAUGGCUGUUUCACAUUAACUAUAAACGGAAAAUUAGUAGCUCAAGCAACCGGGGAUACUAAAAUGGGUGCGAAAUGCAUUGUUGAAAUAAUGGCAUGGAAUAGGUUAAAGGAGGAGAUGGUAAGCAUUUUGGUGAAGGAGCAAUGGAUCGCCCAUAACGGUUCUCGUAUUUCUGUCGGUGAUGUCACAGGUCAACAUAAUCAAGAUAACUUUGGUACACCUCUUGAUUCCAGCGUAGCAACCAAGAUGAUGAAACUAAUGGGUUGGAAAGGAGGCGGACUAGGCGCAGAAUCACAGGGGAUCGCCGAACCAAUACAAGCUAAUAUGCAAAUGGUGAACAGAUCGGGUUUAGGUAGUUCAGGUCAAGAUAUACGCCAAUUGAGGCGGGCCGCGAACGAGUUGAUGUGUCGUUAUAUAGCGUCCGACACCCUCGACGUGGACUUAGUGUUUAGCAGUGAAUUCAGCAAGGAGGAACGAGCGCAGCUGCAUCAGUGUGCGCAGAGAGCUGGACUCUCGUCGAAAAGCUACGGCGAUAAAGAUAGAUUCCUCGUCGUGAAGAAAAAGUUAGAUCCUUUCUCUCUGGCUCGUGCGAUUAUAGAAAAAGGAGGCGUCACUCCCAAAUAUCAAGUCUUCAUUCCUUAUGCUUUGCUCGGUAAUGGAAGAUGAAACCUGCCAUAGACAACCUAGAGUUAUAAGAACAUUGUUGGUAUAAAGUCGGUUAAAGAGAACUUUUUUUUUGUAUGGAGGUUAGUACUUUAUUCAAAUCAUCUCUAACCAAGCAUAAAGUAUAUAUUAAUCGAUAGAUGGUAAAUAAACCUUUCACAUGGUGGAUAUUUUAUAAUUUACUUAACAACA